AUGUACAAGUUGUACAUUUUGUUUGCUACGUUAAUCGUAAGCAUACCAUUUCAAUGUAAGUGUGAACUUAAAGAUACGAAAACUAAACUUCAAGCAAUUAUAACACCUAUUGACAUGCUAUAUCGAGAUGAAAUAAAUGAUUUAAGCCGCACACCGAUUCGAACCAACCGUUUUAAAGAACGAAGUAAUAUUAAAACCAAAGGAGUCUACAUAACAGAAUAUUUUUCGAAAGACCAAGUGAUAAUUGUCGAUCACGUUUACGAAGCUGUAACAAACAAAGUAACAAAGCUAAUAAAUCCUUAUAUAGUAGUGAUUCAGCAAGACGAAGUACUAGAAUCGUACAAACUAAAACACAUAAAGGCGGUCAACUCUGAAGUGAAGGAAGUUGUGUUCAACAAGGAAUCGACCAACUAUUAUCCUGGCUGCUACGCAGACUCAAAACGAUCUACUUGUCACGCAAUGACUGCGGCCGAUGUCACCCCGAUGCAAUACAGUGAAGGUUUUUGCUGUUCUUGUAAGAUGGCGGUCAAUGUCGAGAGGCAAAUGAAUGACUGUCAAGGACGAAGCCGGUUUAAGCACGUUGCUCACGGGGUUAACGCAUUAAAUGAAGACAUUGAAAUAAUGAUCAGUCAAAUGGUAGACAAUCUUGACUCGGACAACGAGAUAAUUGCAAAUGACACUGUAGGAUCAUCGCAUACUUAUAAGAAACAAAUACGCGGUGGCCAAAACUGUGAAUCCACAAAUACGCCAGGAUAUGUCGACGAAGCUUAUCGAUUCCACGAAAGCAGUCAUUGUUUAAAAUUCAGUGAUUUAUGGUACAACGUGAACAUGUUGGAAUCCGCGUCAUACCAUCAUUCACUUACAAUAAGUGUUUAUGAAAAAUAUACAAUGGAUGAUAUUAAACCAUCGUACAGGAAAAUCAUUUCCAAAGUUAAGUUAAGCAACAAUAACAAGAAUUAUAAAAAUGACGAGUCAAAUGUGCAAGCAAAUUAUGUAGCUUUAACAUUUGGUGAUGAUCAAUACUAUAGUUUAGACAUAAACAAUGAUAGACUUUUAAUACCAGAAAAAGUACCAUCAAUAAUCGAACAUCUUUAUCCACAGUCAACAGACGAUCCGAAAAAAUAUUUAAUUUUAAACGCCAAUAAUAUAAGUAUCAAAGGUGACGAAUGUAAUAAAGUUGGAGUAUCAUAUGAAGCAUUCUUCAAACAAUACAAUAGAUGUGGAGUGAAAAAAUCUAGCUGUUUGAACAACCAACCUUCACAUUUGUGGAAACAUGAUAUGGAUGCAAUCGAGUCAGGAAUUCCAGGGAGUUAUUUUUUAGAAAAUUUUGUUAAAUUUCCACAAAGUGCAAACGUAAUGGAAAAGAUCGACGGUACUGAAACGUUAAAUUUGCAUUAUGAAUUGGAUUAUACUAGUGAAUUAUUUAUUCAUAAGGAAACAAAUUAUAACAGUGUACUUUCAACAAGGUCUCUUAUAGAAAUUGUAGAAAUAUAUUCAGAUGCAACUAAAAUUGAUCAAACUAAGAUAGUUGCAGCGAUUUAUAAUAUUGGAAUGAAGGUCGAAUUAUUCCGAGUGCAGUUAUUAGAUUUUCCAUUAAGCACGAAGAAAAACUGUACUGAGAUUCAAAGUCAUGAUGUGUACAUUUUCCCUUUUCACCGAUACAAUCAUGUUUUUAAUUUCUCUGGACCCCUUAUGGAGUCUAGCAUCAAUUGCACACUGAGAGUAUUGGACAAAUGGAACAAUGUAAUGGCUUGGAGAAAUGUUCUCAUUAGCGAAGCCAACCGCUGUUUUUGUGUGUGGAAUUGCGAAUGCGCUUGUACAACAAUUGAAGAUCAAUUAUUUGCAUCUAACUGUAAAACGAUGUCACAAAAAGCUUAUAAUGGUGCUGGCUUUCGAGGAGCUGUACUUCAAAUGCGUACUUCCUAUCCUAUUUCCAUAUUAAACAUAGUUAAAUUAACAUUUAUUUUUGUAUCAGCAUUUUUCAUCAUACGCUUUUUCAUUGGCACGACUGAAAAAUAUGAUUACGAAUAAAUACAAACCUAAAAAUGUGAAAAUGUAUUACACACAUUUAUAGGAAUAGCAAAAACAAAAAUAAUUGUUAAAAAAUCUAAUAUAUAUUAUUUAAAACAUGAUAAUAUUAUAGGCAGGUGUGUUAAGUCAGUUAGGUAUGCCUUAUUUCUAUGCAU